AUGAACGGCGUCUUGAUCGUCUCCACGCGGACGGGGACGUGUCUCUACGCGCGAGCGUACCUCCCGGACUUUGGACUCCCCACGGAAAACGCGAUUGUGAAACGCCCCGCGGACGACGACGACGACGCGGCGGGAUCGGCGGGAGGCGACGACGACGACGACGACGACGACGCCGACGCGUCGGUGUACGUCAGCCACCCGUCCGACCCCGCGGCGAUGCACUUCGCGGGGCUCAUGUUCGCCAUCGACGCGCAGGCGCAGGAGAUGCGUCCUCCGGGCGACGGCGACGGCGACGGCGACGGCGACGAAGCAGACGGCGAAGACGGCGCGCCGAUGGCGCUCGAGCGCUGGUCGCUGAACGACGUCGUCAUGCACUUCCGCAGGGACGACGCGCGCGGCGUCCUCGUCGUCGUCUUCUCCGCGCCCGCGCUCGGCGACGCGAUCCCGUCCUCGCUCGCGCGCGGCGUCCUCGCCGCGUUCCUUCGCAAGCACGCCGCGGCGUUGGACGCGCCGGGCGGGCCGACGCCCGGGCGAAGACUGCCGUUCACGUCCGACCUGCACGCGCUCUUCCACCGCGCGUGCGAGGAGAGGGCGCGGGAGAUGAUGAAGUCGCUCGGGUUCAGGUCGCGGUGGGCGUACGUCGCGAUGUCCGACGCGUUCGGGGUCGUCGCGCCGGUGGAGGCGCCGCCGCGCGGGAGCGGCGUUCGCGUCGGCGGCGUCUCCAGAGCGUCGUUCGUCGUCGAUGACGACGACGAGGAGGAGGAGGAGGAGGCGUCGACGCGGAAGGGGAGCGCGGCGGACGUCGUCGCCGCGCACGGCGGGUGGCUGUGCUGCUGCUGCGGCGGCGGCGGUGGUAAGAAAGUAACGCCCGCGUUUGGAGCGUUGACGGCGGCGGACGUCGGGCGCGUCCAGUUUGUGCACCGCGUCGCCGGGGACGCGUUGGAACGCGCCGCAGCGUCGUUCGAAGCCGGCGCGGCGUCGACGGACGACAUCCUCCCGAGGAGAGCGCUGGACGGGCUCGUCGAGGCGACGCGCGCGGCGAUCGCGUUGGCGCGCGGCGGCGGCGCGGUCGGGUUUGAGAUCGCGUUAGGCGACGGCGGCGACGAAAGAGACGGCGGCGACGAAAGAGACGACGACGCCGCCGCGUCGCGCGUCCUCGUCUACGCGUGGGACGGGUUCGUCUUCGCGCUGCCGGUGACGCGCGCGGACGAGCGCCGAGCGCGGGAGGCGUCCGAUGCUGGCGUCGGCGCGGGCGGGUACGACGCGGAGGGGAACAAGCUCGACGCGGAGCGCGAGACGCAGACGCGCGAGAGGUUGCAUCCGGCCGCCGUGAGAGCGGCGGUUAACGACGACGCGACGUCGCUGCGCGCGAUGCUGAGGUUCGUGCGGCGCAAAGUACCGGAGAAGAGCGUGAGGUUCACGCGAUAG